AUAGUGAUUGUCAAAAUGAAUGGAGGAAAUUUAACCGAAUUCGAAGAAAGUCUUUCCUUUGACAUCGAUGAUCCAGAUUUUCCGCCUACAAUAGUUCGUAGAGCAUCUGCAAAAACUGUCCUUCAUAAAAUCAAUUUUCGAGAUCGAGACUUUGGCGUUAACAAAGUUAUCAAUUGUCACGCAAACAUGUCGGUUACAUCUGUUCAAUCCGCUAAUGAAAGUCUUUCUCGUCAUGGGAGCAAUGUGUCCUUAUCGUGUCACAGUUUGUGUGGAAGCAACGACGAAAGUUUGUCGGAAUCGCAUCCACAAUAUCAGGAUACAAUUCUCACGAUUGAGGAACUUCGAGCCCAACUGAAUUCUUGUUUUACGUGCGGUGUCUCGUGGAGUGAAGAUCAUGUUUCUCUGGAUUGUAGCGAAUGUGGUGGCUACUCACUUCAAAGACCGUGUCCAAUGUGUGAUGGACAUUGCCAUUCGACGUGGAAACGUGACCUUACUAUGUCUCACGCAAGAGCAAAAGCAAUUUGGAUUGGAGAAUGUGGACUGAGCUGUGGUCCAUCUCUAGACGAAUCUCUUGUUCCUGCUUUGGAAAAACUUCGAGCAACAUCGUGAACACGUAUUCAAAACGACAUCACAACUGUGCACAAGACUUAACCAUCACCAGCCAUUUAGAGUUAUCAUUCAUCAAGAGAAAAAAAAAAUCCACCAUCGAAUGAAUUCGAGACGACUGAAUGAAGAUUCUUGAAAAAUGUGUGUGUGUGUUUGAGAGAGAGAGAGAAAUAUUUUGAACGAAUGACAAGGAGGAAUAAGCGACGUGAUGAUCCAACUCACAAUUUAUAGGAAAACUGAACUUGAGGAUCAGCGUAAAUAAAAUCCUUUCUUUAGCACCUAAGCAAAAUUAUUUCUGAAACAAAAAAUAAGAUCAUCGAAAAAAAGGCCAAAUGAGCUAUGCGAGUUCCUUUUUCACUUUCAUCAACUCCCUUGUAUAUUAUCAUCAUUAUAGAAAAAAGAAAACACAAAGCUUCCUCUCGAGGAGGCAAAAUUGAAUUAAUUAAUUUCUAUACGCAAAAAAAAUAUGGAUGUCUAAAAAUCGGAGUAAAAAUGUUAGCAAAAUAUUGCUUUUUAACUAAAUGUCUAUAAUAUUAAUUGAAUUAAUUGAAUUAAGUGAAUAUUAAUUUAAUUAAUUAAUUAAUUAAUGUAACAAAUUAAAAACUGAAGUUCAAUGUUAAAACAAAUUAGGAACCCACAUAGCAGUAAAAGAAGCUUAUCGCCUACUAUAAACGAAUUUCAUCCUCCCUAUUAAUUAAUCUAAACGUGAGAAUAAAAACGUGUCAAAUACAGAAAUCAAUUAAAUUAUAAACCGAUCGAAAUGUCUUAAAAUUUAGAAUUAAAAAUUUAUGGUGAUAAGUAACUUUUGAUUUGAAAUUCAAAAAUCUUUUUAGACAUUCUAUUCUUGAGUGCGAAUAAGAAAUAAAAAAAUGGAAAGAACGUUAAGACUGCCUUUAAAUUGUUUUUGUUCGGGUGUUGCUUCUCUUUAGUAAAAAAAAAUUACUGUAAGUAACUCUGGUUUAAGAAAAAAAUUAGCCAAUUUCUCAAAAAUUUGUGGAAAGCGAAAAACCAGGGUCUACUUGCAAAAAAAAAUUAGUCUCGUUACGUUUUGAAUUUUUCUUUAUACACAAAAGACAGAAUUUCCUUUCGAUUAUUUUGGAAAUUUUUGCGAAAUGUUCAAAAAAGUAAUGGUACGUUUCUAAUUUAAUAAAAUUAGUUAAGAUAAAUAAAUAAUUAUUACGCUAAUUUGUACAUAAAAUUAGUGUAAAUACUCGUGAUGUAUUAAAAAAGAAAAAGCGGACAAAAACAGGUCGUAUCCAAAGAUUAUGUUAUCACAAAUAAAAAAGCUCAACUAAUUCUCUAUUUAAAAAAUAUUCAAGACUUGAAAAAACAGAAACAAAUCCAUAUUUUUUCCUACAGAAAAGAAUAAUUGAAAAUAUAUUUUAUACAACUGCGAUUGAAACAAAAAAGAAAUGUAAAAAAAUUUUUUCAGGAUACGUCUUGUAUGUCCGGUAUGGAAAAAAAAUUAAGAUUGAAAAAGAAUAGAUAAAAACUGUCUUUAGCAACAACGAUUAUGUGAAAUAAAUUUUUGCUCAUUGGAAAAUGAAAAUAGCAUUUAUGACUGUGGCAAAAUAAUGACUGUUAUGAAUAUUAUCAUUAUUAUAUCAUUUUGCUAUCAUUGUAAUUUCAUCCCCAUUUUUUCUUAAGUUAAUAUUAUCGAAAGAAAAUGCAUUAGAAAAUUUUCAAAAGUAUUACAUUAUAAUAGUAAUGCAUUGGAAAAUCUCAAUUAUUAUGUAAUUUUUAUUUAAAGUUCAAAAUUAUUAUUUAUGUUCUUAAUGUUGAAAGAUAUGGGCUUAAUAAACGAUAUACUUAUCAAAUAGCGACAGAA